AUGGAUGACUUUGAUGAUAUGGAUAAUAAUCCCUUUCUCGAUCCGGAAGAUGACAGCUCGAAAAAGACACAGACAGUUGAUAAGAUCACAGGCACCUCUUCUGAAGUCUCUGAAUCGAAUGUCAGCGAAGAUCAUCAAGUGAGAAAUGAUCCCGCAUCAAACAAUGCUAAUGCGAACCCUAAUAUGAACGUUGAUAAUAACCAAAAGGAAAAUGAGGAUGAGAGAGAGCAAAAGAAUAAUGAAGGUUUACCAGAACGAACUGUUAAAAAGAAGGUGUAUGAUAUAACAAUCAAAGUUACUACUUUGCAAAGAGCUGGGUCUGUAACUAACAAAAAGGAAAAUCCAACAAUUAUUUUUGACGUAGCAACUGAUUUGCCUCUUUUUAGAAAGCGCAAUUAUAGGAAUAUUAAAAAGACAAUGGACGAAUUCCAUCAACUGUUUAAAUAUUUGAAUGCAGCAAUUCAAGAGUCUUUUAUACCUUCGUUACCUUCGCCUUUCACUAAUUAUUGCAUAAAUAACCGUGAAGAUCUCGAAAAGACAGUAAGUAAUUUCCAAAAUUGGUUUGACCGGAUAAUUAAAGAUCCACUUGUCAUUAAGAAUGAAGAGUUUGUUCAUUUCAUUGAAUGUGAUUGUAAUACAUAUAUACCUAUCAGGAAAGCAAAUUUGAUUGCCAGUGGAUUAAAAAGAAAAACAUUGAAACAGUUGCCUCCUCCUUACGAUGAAACGCUUGAUUUGGCAGCAUUCAGGCCUAUGGUUAAAGAUAUUCAUUGGAAUGCUAAAGAAAUGCAAACAAGGUUGUUGAACAUCUCGAAGGCUAAGAAAAUGCUAUCACAAUACGAAAACACAUUUGGAAAAGGUUUUAUAGGUUUGAGUGAGAUUGCGAGAGACACGGAAUAUUCUGAUAAACAACUUGAUAAGCAAAAUGUUUUAUAUAACCAUUUCGGUAAAAUUAUAACAACAGUUGGUGAUAUUGACAGUAUAAUUGCCACUUUGGAUAUAGCCACCUUAUAUGAUGGUUUAGAAUGGAUUGUCAACGAUACGUAUGUGGUCAAGGAAGCGUUAACAAAUAGACAUUUAUUAAUGAGAGAAUUGUUGAAGGCACAACAAAGUACAAAGAGUAAACAAGAACAGGCCAGAAAAUUAAGGGCCAAAAGAGAUACCAAUCCGGUUAAAGUAGAAGAGUCGAUACAACAAUUAAAAGAAGCCUCCAAAUUGGAACAGCAGCUAACGCUGAAGUUGGAAAGAAUCACAGCCAACAUGUUAAUAGAAAGAAAGGGAUGGAUCGAAUGGUAUGAAACACAAUUGAGAACAUCUAUUAAGGAAUAUACUUUAAGGAAAAUUGAAUACGAAAGGAAAAAACUGGUACUACUUGAAAAAGUUAGAAGGGACGUAAGGCAUGCAGAUAAGAAUGGUGGAUUAUCUCGAUUAGGGCGCGAACAUUUACUUAAUAAAACAGAUGAUGAUGUUAAAGAGAAAGGAUCUCAAUUGGCUGACGGUGAUAGUUGGGCAGGAGAUUCGUCUAAACAUGACUCAAAAGAUGUUGAAAAUAUAAAUCACACUGAAUUUGAUAGUUACAUUGAUACGGAAGACCCCAACUACCAAAAGCAAACGCCUAUAAGUAACAAUAAACCAGCAUCUCCAUCAUUAGACCCAAAAAGUGCAGCCACUUUACUGGGCGAAUGUAUUUUUUAA